AUUGACCUUAUAUCAAACAACUGGUUAACAUUAAUAUCCGAGGACUAUCCGAAGCAGCCUAAUGUUCUAGCUUUUCAAGUUGUGCUACCCUCCCGAGUGUGGGAGAGGGGCUCGAGCUGCGCCACACGUUCCUGCGCCAGCCCCGGCGAGGCCGAGCGCGAGAUCGAGAGGCUCCGCGCCGCCUUGGAGGUGGAGCGUUGCCGCCACAAGCAGGCCCAAAGGAAGUUCUCGCUGGAGCUGCGGCGCGUGCGCGAGGAGGGGAGGCACGAGCGGGAGCGCGCCCUGCGGGAUCUGACCUCCAGACAGGAGCGCCAGAAGGCCUUGGAGCUGCAGCAGCAGCGCGAGGCCCUGGGCAGGGAGCGCGCCUCCGAGGUCCGGCAGCUGCGCCGCUGGAGGGACCGCGAACGGGACCGCAGCAGCGCCACCCUCAGGCAGGCCCGGGAACUGCAGCGGCUCCUGGCCGAGGAGCUCGGCCGCGUUGACAGUUCGGGCAAGGCCGACACGCCGAGCGUGAAGGUUCUGCUGGGCGGCCGGCGCAGCGGCGGAGGUGGUGGCGGCGCCGUCUACCGCAAGCUGGAAGAGCUGCUGGCCAGGCUGCAUGGGCAGGCGAGCGGGGAGCAGGCAGCGCUCAUGCAGGGCCUGCGCCAGGAGCUGGAGCUGGAGAAGAGCCGCUUCAUCUGCCACCUGCUAGAGAAGCACGGCCGCCCGCAGCAGGCGGAGCAGGUGCCCCGGGAGACCCCAACUCCGGCACCCAGGAGUCGCUCGGUCAGCUCCGCGCACCCGCUCUCCCGUUCAGCCUCCCUGGAAAACCACCGAGUCGCCGAGGGCAGCCGUGGAGCCUCACCGUCCCGCGCCAGAAGGUCUCAGUCCCAGAAGGUCCAGCGAUCGUCUUCCCAGCAGGGGCCCGUGAAGAAGAGGAGCUGGAGCAGACGCAGGGGCUCCAUGCCGCUGGGAAAGCCGCAGCUCUGCUCCAGUCCCAUGGAGAGCCAAGCGCUCCCCUCGCAGCCCUCUCCCCACGCAGGCUGGGAGACGAGACUCUCCUCCACCCCAUCGGACCCGCCACAGUCACCCUCACCAGACAACUCAACGCCCUCCAGAUGCUCAGAGGAAAACGUGGAGGAUAUGAAUGGCAUGGACUAUGGCUUCCUGGUGCGUCAGAACUCCGAGUUGCUGCGGGCACUGGAUGACAUGGAGAAGACCUGUGCUACACUCAGAGAGGAGAACAGCCUUCUGAGGAAGAGCAGCUCCCCUGAGACGGAGGAGAAGGUGAAGAGAUUGCGGAAGAAGAACACAGAGCUGGCGGUCAUUGCUAAAAGACUGGAAGACAGGGCACGCAAGCUGCAAGAGGCCAACCUUAAAGUGGUACACAAAUGCUCUUAUGCUACAGGUGUCCAGGGUCCCUGUGCGGUGGCUGAUUUUGAGCGUCUGCUGCGCGAGUCCCAGAAGGAGGUGCUGAGGCUGCAGCGGCAGCUGUCUGUCAGCGCUGCACGUGAGGCCACACCUGAGGUCACACCCACUGGAGCCCCUGAAUCCACCGACAUCACCGACAAGGCCGCGGCUGAGACCCCGCCCCCAGCUUUAGAUGAGGCCCCUCCCACACUGGAGGAGACUCCUGCAGAGGAGGCGGAGCCGGGGACACGAGUGAUACCUCAGUUGAGUCCAAGCCCCACCCACCCCCAGGAGCAGACUGAGGAGCAGCGUAUUGAGUUUCUGGAGAGCCAGCUCGAUGAGGAGCGUGGCAAAAAUGAGAGAUUAGCCGAGGAGGCAGAACUCCUCAGGCGGAAGGCUCAGCUGCUUGACCAGUCCCAGACUGAGAAUGAGGAGCUGAGGCAGGAGCUCUCUGAAGUGAGCGCUCAACACAAUUCAGUUCUCGAGGAGAACCAGAGACUCCGUGCCAAACUGGAGAACCUAGAGCAGGUCCUAAAGGAGGAUCACUAG